AAGAAGAAAUGGUCGAAGAAAUAAAAGAUUUGCAUGGAAAAAAAGCUGUUAACAAGGAGCUUCUUGAUAUAGCUCCUUGGGCUAAAGGAGAUCAUUUACGAAAAAUUGAGUCUGAAGUGCUUAUCCCAAACUUGAUGAAGAAAAAGGCCAAAGUACUAUGCAAAGAUGUCAUGGCCAGUUUUGCUGAAUGCGUUAAAGGCCGAACAAUUUCGAUGGCGUGGUCUUGUGGAAAGGAAACAAAAGCGAUGAAGAGUUGUCUCAAAGAAAUGCUAGCAAAACCUGAACUCUACGAAGAAGCGCGCGUGGAGUAUCUAACAACACGAAACAGCUUCCAAGAACAUUACGCUGCGACUGGUGUAAAAAAGAAACAGCAGAAAAAAGAAUCAGUGGUGUAUUGAAAAUGUCGGUUUGGGAUUCAAGAAUAAAAGCGCAGUUAAUUAUGCUAUACCUCCAUAGCCGAAAUAAUGGCUGUGUGAUGUGUUUUCCAUAAAACGAACAUCCUAUGCAAUGUGAAACGCCAUGUCGUUUAGAUAUAAUGUGUUAAAACUUUUUGUAAAUAAAACUUUUGCUAGUUAGUGGAUUUUGAGCUAUUUGUGGCAUUUACAAACAUGCGUGAUUUCUGUAGAAUAAAUCUUUAUAAGACGUUAUUAAGUUAUAAAUAUUGACUAGUUUUGGAAAUUUUUAUUCUUGUUUUAAAUGUGAUUAUAAAUGGUCCUAUUUGUA